AUUGGCGCUGGGGCCGGGCGGGGGCGCGGGCGGGGCGGCGGUUCCGAGUCGGGCGCGCGCGGGCAGGGUCCCCAUUGCCUGCUGCGCACCCGGACUAGCGGCUGCCCUCGGCCUCCUCGCCAUGGACGCGGACGAUUCCCGGGCCCCCAAGGGCUCCUUGCGGAAGUUCCUGGAGCACCUCUCCGGGGCCGGCAAGGCCAUCGGCGUGCUGACCAGCGGCGGGGAUGCUCAAGGUAUGAACGCUGCCGUCCGUGCUGUGGUGCGCAUGGGCAUCUACGUGGGGGCCAAGGUGUACUUCAUCUAUGAGGGCUACCAGGGCAUGGUGGACGGAGGCGCGAACAUCGCGGAGGCCGACUGGGAGAGCGUCUCCAGCAUCCUGCAAGUGGGCGGGACGAUCAUUGGCAGUGCGCGGUGCCAGGCCUUCCGCACGCGGGAAGGCCGCCUGAAGGCCGCCUGCAACCUGCUGCAGCGCGGCAUCACCAACCUGUGUGUGAUCGGCGGGGACGGGAGCCUCACCGGGGCCAACCUCUUCCGGAAGGAGUGGAGCGGGCUGCUGGAGGAGCUGGCCAGGAAUGGCCAGAUCGAUAAGGAGGCCGUGCAGAAGUACGCCUACCUCAACGUGGUGGGCAUGGUGGGCUCCAUUGACAAUGAUUUCUGUGGCACCGACAUGACCAUCGGCACUGACUCCGCCCUGCAUAGGAUCAUCGAGGUCAUUGACGCCAUCAUGACCACGGCCCAGAGCCACCAGAGGACCUUCGUUCUGGAGGUGAUGGGACGACACUGUGGGUACCUGGCCCUGGUGAGUGCCUUGGCCUGCGGUGCAGACUGGGUGUUCCUUCCGGAGUCUCCGCCAGAGGAAGGCUGGGAGGAGCAGAUGUGUGUCAAACUCUCGGAGUGCCCCGUACCUGCUUCCAGAUCUGGGCUGCUGGGUCCGCAUCACGGUUCCGCAUCCUAACGAGACGUUCCCUUGCAGCUCGUCGUCACGCAGCUGGGCUACGACACACGUGUGACCAUCCUCGGACACGUGCAGAGAGGAGGGACCCCUUCGGCAUUCGACAGGAUCUUGGCCAGCCGCAUGGGGGUGGAGGCAGUCAUCGCCUUGCUAGAGGCCACCCCGGACACCCCAGCUUGCGUCGUGUCGCUGAACGGGAACCACGCCGUGCGCCUGCCACUGAUGGAGUGCGUGCAGAUGACUCAGGAUGUGCAGAAGGCGAUGGAUGAGAGGAGAUUUCAAGAUGCGGUUCGGCUCCGAGGGAGGAGCUUUGCGGGCAACCUGAACACCUACAAGCGACUCGCCAUCAAGCUGCCGGAUGAUCAGAUCCCAAAGACCAAUUGCAACGUGGCUGUCAUCAACGUGGGGGCCCCCGCGGCCGGGAUGAACGCGGCCGUGCGCUCAGCUGUGCGCGUGGGCAUUGCCGACGGCCACAGGAUGCUCGCCAUCUAUGAUGGCUUUGAUGGCUUCGCCAAGGGCCAGAUCAAAGAAAUCAGCUGGACAGAUGUCGGGGGCUGGACCGGCCAAGGAGGCUCCAUUCUUGGGACAAAACGCGUUCUCCCGGGAAAGUACCUGGAGGAGAUCGCCACGCAGAUGCGCGCGCACAGCAUCAACGCGCUACUGAUCAUCGGCGGGUUUGAGGCCUACCUGGGACUCCUGGAGCUGUCAGCCGCCCGGGAGAAGCACGAGGAGUUCUGUGUGCCCAUGGUCAUGGUUCCCGCUACUGUGUCCAACAAUGUGCCGGGUUCCGAUUUCAGCAUCGGGGCAGACACAGCCCUGAACACUAUCACCGACACCUGCGACCGCAUCAAGCAGUCUGCCAGCGGAACCAAGCGGCGCGUGUUCAUCAUCGAGACCAUGGGCGGCUACUGUGGCUACCUGGCCAACAUGGGGGGGCUCGCGGCCGGAGCCGAUGCCGCAUACAUUUUCGAAGAGCCCUUUGACAUCAGGGAUCUGCAGUCCAAUGUGGAGCACCUGACGGAGAAAAUGAAGACCACCAUCCAGAGGGGCCUUGUGCUCAGAAAUGAGAGCUGCAGUGAAAACUACACCACCGACUUCAUUUACCAGCUCUAUUCGGAAGAGGGCAAAGGCGUAUUUGACUGCAGGAAGAAUGUGCUGGGCCACAUGCAGCAGGGUGGGGCACCCUCUCCAUUUGAUAGAAAUUUUGGAACCAAAAUCUCUGCCAGAGCUAUGGAGUGGAUCACUGCGAAACUCAAGGAGGCCCGGGGCAGAGGAAAAAAAUUUACCACCGAUGAUUCCGUUUGCGUGCUGGGAAUAAGCAAAAGAAACGUUAUUUUUCAACCUGUGGCAGAGCUGAAGCAGCAAACGGAUUUUGAGCACAGGAUUCCCAAAGAACAGUGGUGGCUCAAGCUGCGGCCCCUCAUGAAGAUCCUGGCCAAGUACAAGGCCAGCUACGACGUGUCGGACUCAGGCCAGCUAGAGCACGUGCAGCCCUGGAGCGUCUGACCCAGUCCUGCCUGCAUGUGCCUGCAACCUGGACUCACCGUGGACCAUCUGUUUUUGUAACACUUAAGUUAUUUAUCAGCACUUUAUGCAAGUAUUAUUGACAUUAAUACCUAACAAGCAAGCACCUGUCACCGCCCGUGUGCCCCACCAGCUCCAGUGCGUGCUGUCUGUGGACUGUCUCAUGCUUUCAGAUGUGCGUAUUAAACGUUUGCCUACAACUCCAA